GAAGCUCCAAAAUGGCGGCCACGGCAACCUGCGGCAAGGACACCCGGAAUGUUGGGUGUGCGGCGGCGGCAGCUAGAAAGAAUAAUGUCACCAGUUUCCAGAGAAAGGGUCCUAAAGCUGGCGGUACUGACAGUGGCGGCUCUCGUCUGGUGUCCAUCGCGGGCACACGACCGUCGGUGCGGAACGGGCAGCUGCUGGUAUCCACCGGCCUCCCAGCCCUGGACCAGCUCUUAGGUGGAGGUUUAGCGGUUGGAACAGUUCUUCUAAUUGAAGAGGAUAAAUAUAAUAUUUAUUCACCUUUACUCUUCAAGUAUUUCCUGGCAGAGGGGAUCAUCAGUGGGCACACUUUGUUGGUCGCAUCUGCUAAAGAAGACCCUGCUGAUAUUUUGCAGGAACUUCCUGCACCAUUACUUGAAGAAAAUUGUAAAAAAGAAUUUGAUGAAGACAUCUGUAAUCAUAAAACACCAGAAUCUAAUAUUAAGAUGAAAAUAGCUUGGCGUUACCAGCUAUUACCCAAGAUGGAGACUGGACCAGUAUCACCUUCAAGAUUUGGUCACUAUUAUGAUCUAUCAAAAAGGUUACCCCAACAACUAAUUGAGGCCUCAAAAUAUCAUGGAUUUUUUCUUCCAGAAAAAAUAUCUACAUCUUUUAAAGAAGAACCCCAUUCUAUGACCCAUGGUUACAUAAAACUGCUUCACUUCAUCCAGAACAUCAUUUAUGAGGAUGGAUUUGAUGGAUCCAAUCCCCAGAAAAAACAAAAAAACAUUUUAAGAAUAGGAAUUCAGAAUCUUGGCUCACCUUUGUGGGGAGAUGACAUUUGUUGUACAGAAAAGUAUGACAACAGUCACAGUCUUACCAAGUUCCUCUAUAUUCUCCGUGGUCUUCUGCGAACCUCUCUUUCAGUCUGUAUUAUCACAAUACCAUCACAUCUUAUCCAGAAUAAAGCAAUUAUUGCUCGUGUUACAAACUUGUCAGAUACAGUAGUUGGGCUGGAAUCAUUUAUCGGUUCUGAGAAAGAAACCAACCCAUUAUAUGAGGAUUAUCAUGGUUUGAUUCAUAUACGGCAAAUUCCGCGGCUUAAUAACUUGAUUUGUGAUGUAUCAGAUGUGAACGACUUGGCUUUUAAAUUAAAAAGGAAGCUAUUCACCAUUGAGUGGGUGCAAGACAACUACUUGAGACAAGAGAGGAACAUUUAUCCUCCAGGCUUCUCAUACUUACUCAAGCAGAAAGACUCUGCAUGGGUAGAAGGUUCUUUACAGCAUUCCACAUUUUUAAUGAGCUUCCUUGCAAAGGCGACUGCAUUUGCCUCCAGACUUGUCAGACACAGUGAGCCGCUCAAGCAAACAGGAUCUGGCAGAAUCCGCCAAAUUGCUGGGCCCAGGCUGUGGCAUGAUGGCCGGAGGCAAGAAGCACCUGGACUUCUAGCAAUUCCUCCUUAAUCGUUGCAUGCAGAAUUAUAUGACACUCUAAUUAUGAUUGCUAAUAGCUUAUGUAAAUAUUUUUCUUAAUGAUUUGACCCUCCAAUCCUUGAAAAACACAGUCAGAUUGCAAAAUGGGGCCACCGUUGUUCAUUUUUCUAACCAAUUUUUUUACAGAAAUAGUACAGCAAAAAUACUUUCACUUUAAAAUUUUGUUUUAUGCUGUAUUUGAAGAAGAUAUAUAAUUUUAUUUUGAAAUAAAUGCAAAUAAAAUAUAGAAAGUUCAAGAUGCUUUACAGUGGUCAUUAGAGUACCCAUUCUGAGGCACUUGGUAUCACAGUAAAGUUCAUCUUAUGGCAGGUAGCAUAUAAAACAUUAUGAAAUUCAAAAUUUUAUAUUAAAAAUAUUUUUUUCUCUUUAUUUCCAAAAAAGUCACUUGCCACCAAAUAUACUAAUUAAAACUGAAGAAUUUGUUUACUAAUACAUGAAGACUAAAAUGAAUUUGCAUUUAUGCAUCCUGUUAUUAAAUUGAUUAAGGCAAAAUAAUAUUUUGGGAUUAAGACUCCAUUAAAGAUAAUUAGUCUGCCUUAAAGAAUUUGAGUGAUAGAAAGCAUAGAAAAAGGAGUUGAUGGUCUUCUGUUUAGUAAUCCUAAACAAUUGAAGUCAGCACUAGGAAAUUAUGUCAACAUAUGUAAUUCAGGAUUGAAAUUCAAACUGACAGCUACAUUAAUGCUAGGAUACUGGAGGAAAAACAGGUAUUGAAGCGUGGUGAGAUUUUUUAUAGAACAUAGGUCUGAGACAAAGUAGAAAAAUGAAAGUAAUUCAGAUUUCCAUUGCAUCAGGUAAACCCUUUGUUAAUUAUGAACAUUGGUUGGAUAUGUAGAGUUCUAACUACAUUAACAUGUCGUUUGGAAUGUAUAGCAAAUUGAACUAGUUUUCAUACAAAACAUUAGGAUGUUGAAUCAUAGCUCCAUAUUUUCAAAGCUGUUGACAAGUAAAACUUAAAAAGUAACUUGUACAUUUAAGUAGAGUCUCAAUUUUUAAAAAGCUGUUUACCAUCAGUUGAGAGAAACCAAAUUUCCAAAAUACAUUUUCAAAUAUGUUAGAAUAUUGUGAUGCAGUUUUAACUAGCAUUUCUAAGCAGUUUGCUUUUAAUAUAAUACAAAUUAUACUUUAUUUAUUUUUUACAACAUUGUAGAAAACAAAGACUAGGUUUUUAUAACUGUCUAACCAAUAUGAUGAAUGUCAGUCACUUAAAAAAAAACCCACUGUAGCAUAAACACAUACUGUAUACAGCUUUUAUUCAGAAUUAGAAUAAUUGAAUCAAUGACAGUGAUUUGCCAGGAUGUCAAAUUUCUCCAUCAUACCCUGUCACUACCGGUUUAUUUUUUGUGAUCAAAAUCAAAAAGACAACUAUUUUGUCACCCACUAUUUUAUUAGUACUAAAAAUCAGGUUUCUUUUAUUUUUUUAGAAUGUCUGGUUUAUUUUUUUUUUUUCAGUUCUUUUAAUUCUAAAGACAAAUCCUUCCCCAUUUCUUUUCAAAAUAAAGUUUCAGAAUUGAUCUGUCAGUUAAAAUUAAAGAGCUUUUAUAUUAAGCAAAGUUGUUUCUAAAAUUUAAAGCAACUUCAAAAAAUCGACUUAGUCCAUAAAUGAUAAAUAAUGCUAUGCAGAUACACCACAAAAGCUUUACUAUGUCCUUUGAAACCAUUAUGAGCAAUUUGAAUAAAUUCAAAUGAAUAUUUUAGUCGGGUUAUUAUUUUAAUAACUCUAACCUUUUUCUUACCAUGUUGUGAUUCAUUUCAUACAAACACACAACAGAACAAUUACAUAGCAUUUGACUCUGAAAAGGAAAUGUGAGGUCAUCAAGUAUGUAAAUUUCUUGUCAAAAUACUUAAUAGGUCAUUGAUUUACUACCCUGGCUACCAGAUCUAUAAAAUUAACAGGCAAUUACUAGUUAAUAUAUCCUUUGAAAAUAGAUAAAUACUAUAAAAAUUGAAUGCAUAUUUGAACCCUUAUUUUAAAUAUAAAAGAAACUUUUCAAACUCAAUAAAAGUGCACUUUGAACAACAGGAGUACCUGGACUUUCCAAAAAUCAGAUCCAAAUGCUUUGUUUUUUUGACUCACUAGGCAGGCUUUGUGAUAAGCCACUGGAGAAGGAUGUAUAUUUUUUAUUUUCCUCAGAUAAAAACCACCCUAAAAAUGUGUUUUCCUUUCUUCUAGAAACAUUAUUCAUUAUCCAUUAUGCUAAUGACUUAAUACAUAAAUAUAUUGGUCUUCAACAAUGCUACUGUAGGUAUACAUACCAUUUGGGUACAUUAUAUAAUAUACACUAUCAACAGAUUCUUUUUUUCUUUAUCAACCCACUCAAAGAUACAUAUACUUAAGAACAGCAUCAAACAUAGUAUCUGAAAUGUCUCUUAUCUUUUAAAUGUUUCUAGUAGAUGAACUUCAAAACCCUAUAUAUGUUGUUCAUUUCUUAUGCUAGAUUUGCCUUUCUUUUACCUGAGGUAAAAUAUUUUGACUACUGCAAACCACUCAGGUGCUGGGGUUCUAAGGCCUUCUGAAUUUCUUUUUAGUAGCCACAGACAAUUUCCACUUUUCUCUUCCUCUCUUCCACUUUUUCUUUAUCUCCUCCCUUAGGAUCUUCAACACUAGACAAAUCAAAACUACUUCAAAAGGAAGAAACAUUCUGCAGUCAAUUCCCUGUCUAUCUUUCAAUUUUAAAGAAUCAGACUCACAUGUACUUAUACAAAAGGAGAGUUGGGGGGGUGGAUCCUAUUCAUUUGUUUAAGCCCAUUAUUAAUGUCAAUUCUAAGACAUUGUGUUUCUGCUUUCCGAGGAUAACCAUCAACAGCAUCAAAUUUAAGCAAUGCUAACCCUAAGUACUUACACUUUGAACUUUAAAACGAAGCAGUUAAGUCAUUCAGGACCAAGGCAAAGAGACAGAUGAGGUUUAUUCCUGAGGAACAGAAAAGGGAAGAAUAGGUGUUUGGCCAUGGUGAGCCAAACUUGUUAUACAGAGAAAAAAAGCCUUUUUUUGUUUGUUGAAAUCUUGUUAACAUUAAAGGCCAAAGCAGAAAGAAAUAAGCAGAAUAAAGACACCAUCCUUAAGAUGACAAAUAUUUACAGAACAAAGUUAAAUCUUAAAAUAAGACUGUAUAAAUGAAUCUUGGGAAACCUAAUUAUGAUAAAAGUAGGAAGAAACUAUUAUAUGAGCCAUAUCAAGAAGUCAGUUGUUUACCAUUUAAGGGUAGGCACAGCUUUAGAAAAGAAAAAUGUUCUGGAAAGUCAUUGUAGUCAAAAGCAUUUUUUAGUGAGAUUAAUAUGAAUGUUUAGUACACGUACAGCUCUUAAUUCUGCUUACCGGGUAUCCCUAAGUAAGUAGAAUUUGGAGAAAAAUUACAUGCUGUUAGUCCUGUGCUUCUACUGAGGACAUUCACAAAUAGACUGUCUGCAUCCUGGAAGAUGGCAUCAAAACACCCCUGCAGAGUUCUCAUUGAUAAA